AUGGCGACGUACUCGACCGAUCCGGCGCUGUACAUCUACACGUCUCUGACAGCGGGCUCAUCGCACAUCGUCACCGCCACGUCGCGCCUCGAGACGAUCCUGCGAGCGAACCGCGUGCCCUUCAAGGCCAUCGACAUCUCCACCGAUGACAAGGCUCGCAUGCUCUGGGGCCGCCGCGCCGGAAAGGACGAAAAUGGCAGGGCGAGGAAGUUUCCGGCGCUGGUGCAGGAGGGGAUCGUUCUGGGAGACAUUGUCGAGAUCGAAGAGUGGAACGAGUACGGCGAGCUGAAGCAGCACGUCAAGAUCUACUACGACGAGACCACCAUUCCCGACAUCAACCACAAGUACCCCGAGCCGGUCAAGAAGAAGAAGACGGUCAAGAAGUCGGCCGCCGCCGCCGCUUCUGCCGCUGCCGAGGUCUCUGCUGCUGCCGCGGCCCCUCCUCCGCCUCCCCCUGGUCCCGCUCCCGAGACCAAGGUUGGAUCGAGUGCCGCGUCAAUUAAAUCAAUUACGACGUCAACCCCGAGAGCCAGCAUCGACACCGUGCGGUCUGUCAUGUCUGUUGCGGACGAAGCAGCGCAGAAGGCUAAGGAGCUUCGGCUGAACGCUCUGCGGAAGAAGGUGCACGGAGACAAGAAGGAGGAGCCAAAGGAAGAGGCGGCCAAGGAGCCGGCGGCGGAAGCGGCCAAGGUUGAUGAGACCAAGGCAGAGGAACCCAAGACAGAGGAACCCAAGACAGAGGAACCCCAGGCAGAAGAAACCAAGGAGCCGGAGGAGGACAAGAAGGAGCUUGUCAAGGAAGACGAAAAGGAAGCAGAUGACGCUAAGAAGGAUGACACCCUGAACGAAAAGGCCGCGGAGGAAGAGACCGAACCCAAGCCCGACGCAAAGGAGGUCGAAGACGAAUCUCAUGAUCACGAAAGCGAACCCGAACACGAGGAACAUGAAGAACUCGAGGAGGUCAAGGAAGAGGACGAAGAGGGCAGCAGCAACGAGCACAGUAAUGAUGACGAUACCACCGACGAUAUUGAUGAGAAGGCGGAGGCACACAAGGGAGACGAGACCGAAAAGGCCGAGCAGACUGCAGAGGGCGAGACCGUCACCACGACCCAGCCCGCCCCGGAGCCUUCCCCAGAUGCCACGGCCCAGCCGGAUGAGACGGGCGACAAGGAAAAGGGCAAGAAAGGAAAAGCCCGGAGACAAGGAUCAGGACAAGUCGAAGUCCACGUCCAAAACAUCAACCCUCGCUUCGUCUGCCAAGAAGCCUGCCUCGUCUCCAUCCUCGGCCAAGAAGCCAGCCGCCUCCUCCUCCAUCGCCAGAAAGCCUUCCUCAGCUCAGUCCUCCACGACGAGAAAGGUUUCUUCCUCUACUCCCUCCGCAUCCACAUCCUCUUCCUCAGCAGUAAGAUCUACUUCAACCACAAGAGCUUCUUCCACAGCCAGAUCUACAUCUACUUCAAUAACAAGGGCUCCGUCAACAGCAAGAUCUACAUCAACAACGAGGACCCCGUCAGCAGCGAGGUCAACGUCAACAACAAGAACCCCCUCCGUAGCGAGGUCCACAUCAACAACAAGAACAUCUUCCGUCGCAGGGUCUUCUUCAGUAGCAGCCCGGUCAUCCUCAACAGCCAGAUCAACGUCAACAACAAGGACGCCUUCCUCGGCAGCGAGAUCCUCUUCCACUACGAGAAAGGUGUCUUCGUCUGCGACGGCGGCGCCAGCCUCGCCUUCGUUGACACGGAAACCUACUACUACUUCUUCUUCGUCAACACGGUCCUCGUCUACGACACGGAAACCCGCUGCUUCUUCCACAACAUCCUCUUCAGUCAAGAAACCCUCCAGCUCUUCCACAUCGCUCGCCUCAAGGCCAAAGGAGCAGACCAAGGACGGGACAUCGAGUACCGGUAA